AUGCGCUGUUCACCCACCUUCGGCUCUGUCUGCCGUUCCCUUCCAAUCUUCAAACCAACCCCUUGGCUUGAGGACUUGGGGGACUACAUGAUCACCACCGGCUUACAAAUGACAAACGCUCGUUCCCGGGUUAGAAUGCCGGAGCUCAGGGGCACAAGCAAGUCCCCAACCAAGAAGUCCCUCCUCAAUCGAAAACUUGGGGGACUACUGUUUGUACCAUAUCUGACCACCCACUCACGUCGUGACACGUGGAACACCCUCAAGCCAGAGACCAGCUCAACUGGGCCAUACCGAAUGUUCUCUCGGCACUCAGUACCGAUUCAGGGGGUCGAUAACACAUCAUCACUACCUACGCCAACCUUCGGUAUUGUCUACCGAGCGACCAACCAUCACAUCAUCCGAUUCUGA